AGUUCUAUAGUAGGGAAACAGAGGAAGCUGAUGGACGUCAGCGGUCUCCUAUGCGCCUGCGUGAAGAAUAGACUUCGCGCGUUUUGCGUUGGAUCGAUUGUAAACCUGUCAAAUCUGUCAGUUAAAAGGUAUCAUGUUUUUGAUAUUCCACAUCACAUCAUUUUGAAGACCGCAGAGACCAAGUUUAUUACGCUAACGUAAAAUCUGUUCCUCGGAAGGAAGAAUGGCACCGAUUCAGGACACACAGCUGGAGAAAGUCAUUGAUGAGGUGUUAAAGAGUGGGGAUGUCCAAGCACUGGAUGCAUUCUUGCAAUGGAAUAUAGUGGAAGGAACCUCCAUAAAAUGUUCCCAACAGUUUCUCACCAAAUUAGAUAAACUUGUCUGCAAGAGUCUAGAUACAAAAGAUUCCAGGUCAGCACAUUUGGGUCUUGCUAUCCUCUGCAAGUGUGGGAAGAACCUAAAACUACCACGUGAUUGUCAAGGGCUGCCAGGAUUAAUAGAUCAAGGCCUGCUCAAAAAGAUGGUGCAGUGGUUUGAGAAGUGCAGGAAGCUGUGGAUCCAGUGUGGCCCUCAGUGGGAUGAGAACUUGUUCAACCUUUCAGAGGACUUCUUUGAUGUCUUGAUGGUGGUUCAUGACUCGUGCAAAGCAGGAGCAUGCAAGAUCACAGAGUCCUUCCUGUAUCGUGUUGGUCAAUUAGCAGUAGACCCCAGAAUCUACAUCCUGAUCCAAAAAGAGGCUAUUCGUAAAUUUAACCUAAUUCUGGACAAAAUCCCUGUGGAGCUCACCAAAAACACGAAGAUCCUAACAUCACAGGAGGCCUCAGAUAUCAUGGUCAAGCUGGCUCGUCAGAUAUUGGAGGGUAGUGAUUACGACUUCCAGACAGCCCAGAUGGAGGCAUUGUGCAGAAUGGUCACUCCUGACCAGAGGAAGGAGCUGGCAGAUCACUGGUUCAGCAUGGAGCAUGUGGCCAGUGCCUUUGUCAAGAUCCGUGAUUCUGAGUUUGAGACGGAUUGUCGUAAGUUUCUGAACAUGGUGAAUGGGAUGCAGGGCGACAGGAGAAGUGUGUUUUCUUAUCCUUGUUUGGAGGUUUAUCUGGACAAGUAUGAGCUGCUGAUACCCUCUGAUGAGAAGCUGGAAGAAUUUUGGAUUGAUUUCAACCUUGGCAGUCGCAGCAUCUCCUUUUACUUCUCUUUGGCUGAUGAUGAAGCUGAGGAAAGUCAGUGGGAAACAAUAUGUAUCACUGAGGAUGAAGUCCAAAGCUACACUGUCACAGAGGAGGGCAAGAGGCACGUUUUGCGGUUAAAGUUGUCAGAGAUGGUGGUCGUGGGUGCGGUGGAAGGAUCCAGUCUUACCAUCCACUUCAGCUCCUCCCUGGACAUCCUGCGGGCUGCUCGUAGUGUCUAUGGACACAGCAAAAACAAAGGCUUUGUGGGAAAGACAGGCACAUCUGUAGUGGAGACAACAGUUAGAAUUAUAAUGGAAGAUAGCAGCUCUCAGGUCGUUCCAGAGAGUCAGCUGCCCCCUGGAGAAAGUGAGACAAUUACUGCCUCAUCUGCCCCUGUCCAGAUGGUGACCCCAGCCACGAAGAGGAUUUCAGAGUCUUCCACCGCCAUCAGCAGCAGUGCGGGAAGAAGAGUGUGUGGUGCCAGGACCUUCUCUGCUGUUAUGCCAUCAGACACUCCAGCCAAAGGGAGAGGGAAGCCAUCUCUGGAGAUGGUCCGUUCAUGUGAUAGGAAGGCUGAACUUUACUUGGGAGAGCCAACCAAGAGUGUGAAGACAUCCAGUUAUGGCACAACACCUACCAGCACAACAGCAUGUGUCAUGAUGGGGCAGAGUGAUACAUCUCUACAGAGUGCGACUUCCAAACAGGCCAGUAAGAAUAAGAACAUUACAGAGGGAAAAGCUGUAGAUGUGGUUCUAGCUGGACAGGGAGAAGAACACUCUCUCGAGCAAGGUUUUGUGCCUGACACCCAACCCAGAAGUGGAAGAAACACCACUUUAAACUGGAACAAGCUGUCAGUGUCUGAAAUGCUCAUGAUGCCCACUCAGAAAAUCAGUUCUCGACCCGAGCCUUGUUCCUCAGCACAUAGAUUAUCAGUUCCAGUUAUUGGCCCAAACAACCAAAAGCAACUCCAUACUGUACUCACUCAGCGCCUACAACAGGUCCUCAAUGAGAGGAGCCAAGAUCCUGCACCUCAGGAGCCAGCUGUACCCCAGAGAAAAAUGUCUGAUGUCAGAGAGGAGUCUAAAGACAGAGGCUCCACAGAGCAGCAGUUCCAUAGAAAUGGCCUGGCCAAAGCGAAGAGCAAAGGCCAGGUGUCACUGGAUGUGGAUUCUGCUCCAGUGAACGCACCAACCACUGCUUUCACAAACAAAGCUCGGAAGGAGGCAGUACCACCCAGCAUUAAGGCUGAAGCUAACAGGACCCUUUCAAGCAAACAGAAGAGAGAUGCAGAGAUUGCAGGCAGCAUGGUGAAGCUCAUCUCUAGCCGUUAUGAGUCCACAGCCAAAGUUGCUGUAGAAAAUGCCGGUCAAAGCUGGAAUCGUCCUUUUCUCAACAGACCGAUCUUCAAUAUGAGCUGGUUACCAGCUGGUAAAAGAGAAGUGUCUGAAGCUGAAAUCCUAAAGAAAUCCCGCAAGAAAACUACAGCAACCUCUACAAGGCAGAAAAAAGAUGUUUUUACAUUCAGCCCUGAUGCACCAUUGAGUACUGAGGUAAAUAUUACUAGUGUUAGUUAUUUUAUAUCUUCUAUAACUUGUACCUUGGUAUCCAGUGUAGUGUUUGAAGUCUGUUUUAUUGCACUUUAGGGAAAGAACAAAACCUUUAUGAAUGCUUCUGGCAUAUCAAGCAGUGGUAUCUGUUACUCCUCAGAACUCCACAGCACAACCAAGAAAGAACAACCUGUGACAAAAGAGAAGCGCCAUGUGAAGAAGCAUCUGUUCAGUGACACGGACACAGACUAUGCCACGACAGAUGUCAGCUGGCUGAGGGAGUCAAGCAGGAAACCCAAACCUAAAGUUAUCAAAUACCCCAAGCCCAUCAAACCUAAACCUGCAUCACCUUGUACUUCAUAUGGAUCCCCAGACUUACCCCCAUCCUCUCAAAAACCUGAAAAGUGUGAAAGCAAACCUAAGAAGAGGAAGACGAAUGUGAAGGAGGGAGUGGAGCAGCCAAAGAAAAGAGUGAAGCCUGCAGCGGCACCUACAGCAGACAGGAGGCCCCAGAGAGCUGCAGCCAUCUCUACCAAGAGCUACAAGGAGCCAGACACCGAUGACAGCCAGUCAGAAUCAGAGAUGCCUUCUGUUUCCAAGCACACCCCCAUAGAUCAUUUGGAGAAUGCUGAGAAAAAACAUGAGGUUGCUCAAGUGAAGAGCAAAAAGACUGCCAGCAAACAACCAACCAAAAACUAUACGAAGCCUGAGAACAAUGAUAUCCAGUCAGAGUCGGUGUCAGAGCUGUCACCCCCUUCCAAGAAAUGCUUUGUGAGACAAAGACAUAAGAAUACCUGUUCAGAGGUUCCAAAGGGAAAGAAGAGAAAACACACCUCCUCUGAGCAAUCCACUGAUUCCUAUAGGAGAGUGGACAUCAACAGCCAGUCAGCUCUGAAAAAGCCUUCUGGUCUCAAGCAACAGAGACCCGAGAAUGUUGAUCCGGAAAUUUCGAAGUUAAAGAAGACAAAUGUCUCCCUUGUUCAAGAGCAGACAAAUGCACUGAAGAAUUCCUGGGCUGCCCGCCAGGCCUCUUUUUCUCCAUCCCCUAUUUUCAGUGAGAGGAUGAGAUCUGCUGAGAGGUCAGAUCCAACCUUGGGUUUAAGCUGCUCCCCUCUCCUCACCCCGUUGGGAUCCCCACUCCCUGCCUCCCCCGACCUUGCCUGCCAGGACACCCCCUCGCCAAUCCUGCUGCUACCCAAACCUUGCUCUACAGUCAACAAUAAAGGAAACUUCAAGCCCUCAUCCGUCUAUAGUGCAGAAAAGAAGCACGGCUCAUCCAAGACUCAAUCCACCGAGUCUGUCAUCUCUCUCCCUUCCCUGACCCCUGUAGGUCAAACUCCCACUGGACCUCGUGCAGCGCAGAUGAGCCCAGUCCAGCAGAGCCGAACCUCACCACCGCCAUCUCGUUUGCCCACUCUGCCUCUGUUGACAAUGCUUGAGCUGGACAAGCCGUCUAUGCCCUCUCCUCCUGAAUCGCCAUUCCCUGAAGACAGCUUCACCCAUGGCUGCCACUAUGAUUUUAGAAAAAUGUGUUCAGAAUCCCAGGUUUCAUUGAGCCUGUCAUCCACUCAGUCAUCAGUACUCAGUAGUAGAGCUGAGGACAGCCCCACUGCUGUCCUGGCUAUCAAAAAAGAGAAAUCUCCACCUUCAAGCUGGGACCUUAAGCCACAGCUUCAUGUCUCAGGACCCAGUCUCAAGCGCUGUGUGUCCUCAUCCCAUAAGUGUGAAGGAGAACAGAAGGAAGAGAGGAAGAAAAGCAAGAUGAGAGAGCAGCAUUCUCCUCGAAUGAAGCCAAGAAAGUUGUUUAAGUCCUUCGCUGAGGUGUCUGCUGAGAGUGAGGUGAUCCAAGUGAUGUCUUCAUCCGACAUGGUGAGCUCUAGUCACUGGGAGGCUGAAGUUGGGGAUGAGGACGUGGACAAGAAUUUGGAGUUGCCAAAAGCUGAUGUAAACCCAAGUCACCUCUGCCAGCAGUUCAGCUCUGAGCUGAAGAAAGUUAAGGACCGUUCUAAGAUGAUGGAGGUUUACAGCAAGCAGUCUUUGAAGACCGUCCAGCAACACUUCUCCUCCUUCAACAUGCAAGUUACCAAAUACAGGAGUCAGAGGCGUAAGAAGGUUCAGGAGGUCCUCUUGGAAGAGAUUCACAAAUUGGAGCAGGAUGACACUACGCUGAAAAGCAUGGAGAAAGACCUGGCUAUGUACUGGAAAAAGCAGAGCAUGGCGUUCCAUUCUUACAAGGAGCUGGAAAACAGGAGAAACGAGUCCGUGGCGAAAGCGCUUCAGAGUAAUGUGUGUCACAGCUUGGAGUAUGAGGAGAGACUGUUCACGUCCCAGAUGGGCCUGGUGAGAAAAGAUAUGAAGUCAUUCCAGGACAGACUCCUCUGUCAGAUGCAAGAGGUGGAGAUCCUGAGUGUGAAGAGAGGUCUGCAUGCUCUGUUUUUCCCCUGAUGGAGGUUUUCACUCUUUCCACUAUAAACAAGGUUGUGUAUUUUACCACACAGUGCACACUGUGCGGUGUACCUCAGUUGUGCUGAUUUCAUUUCCAAGCGUUUGCCUGAAGUGUUGAUUUUUCUGGUUCUGUCUUUAUUGAAUGUGGAUGUGUUUGGUUUAUGCUGACCUGCAUGUGUUGUUGCUGUAGGUUUGUGUUUAUUAGAAAUGUCCUGUUAUUCUUAUAUGUGUUAACUGUUGAAAUUUAUACAUUCAGUCUUUUCUUAGUGUUCUUUGGAAGUAAGGAAAAAUAAGCUGCUUUUCCAUGUCUUCAA